AUGAACACGGCCACGGUGACGAGCCUCGAGAGCUCAGCCGCCACCACCUCCUCGUCCCUACGUAAUACACACAAUGGUAGCUCGAACCCAAAGGCCGCCGCCGAGUCGACCAACCCCGAAAACCACCGCACCACCGAGGAGCUGAGGAGGGCGGUUCAGCGUAAAUACAGACACGUCGCUGCCGUCCACUCCAAGUCGCGCCCUUCCACUUUAAGCCAUGACUCCAAUACUGCUCCAAGCUUCAUUGGUUUCAGGAACCUAAUGGUAAUCGUACUAAUUGUCGGUAAUCUUCGACUGAUGAUUGAGAACAUCGAAAAAUACGGAGUGUUAAUUUGCGUUCGCUGCCACGAUUUCCGUCGGCAAGACCUUGCAUUGGGCCUGGGCUUAUACCUCCUCAUCCCCUGCCAUCUGUUUGCCGCAUACUUGAUCGAACUAGCCGCCGCUCAGCAAGCGAGGGGCUUGCGGUCCAAGUCAAAGGAUGGAGCCGCCAGCCCAACACACGAUCAGCGCGCACUUUUCAACUCCACCUGGAAGAUCAUUGCCUGGAUUCACGCCGUCAAUAUCACGCUUGCUCUGGCAGUGACAUCCUACGUUGUGUACUUUCACAUCCAUCACCCCUUGAUCGGCACCCUGACGGAGCUCCAUGCCAUUAUCGUUUGGCUCAAGACGGCGUCGUACGCCUUCACGAACAGAGACUUGCGACAUGCCUACCUGCACCCUGUCAAGGGCGAGCUCGCCGCCAUGCCCGAGAUCUACCAACAGUGCCCCUAUCCGCACAAUAUCACGAUGCACAACCUGGCCUACUUCUGGUGGGCGCCGACGCUGGUCUACCAGCCGGCGUAUCCGAGGACGGACAAGAUUAGAUGGGUGUUUGUCGCUAAGCGCAUGGCAGAGGUCUUCGGUCUGAGCGUCUUCAUCUGGUUCGCCAGCGCCCAGUAUGCCGCGCCGGUUCUGAUCAACUCCCUCGACACGAUCGCGUCUCUAGAUAUCCCUAAGAUUCUUGAGCGGCUGAUGAAGCUCUCGACCAUCUCACUGGUUAUCUGGCUCGCUGGCUUCUUCGCUCUUUUCCAGUCCUUCCUGAAUGCUCUUGCCGAAGUGACUCGGUUCGGCGACCGGUGCUUCUAUGAGGACUGGUGGAACAGUGAGAGCCUGGGCGCAUACUGGCGCCUGUGGAACAAGCCCGUUUACCAGUACUUCAAGCGUCACGUCUACUCGCCCCUGAUCGGCCGAGGGUGGAGUCCCAAGGCCGCCCAGUUGGCCGUCUUCUUCGCAUCGGCGGUUCUUCAUGAGGUGCUCGUAGGCAUCCCGACUCACAACAUUAUCGGUGUUGCUUUCGCCGGCAUGUUCCUACAGCUUCCUCUGAUCGCCAUCACCACCCCACUCGAGAAGAUGCACACCCCGACAGGUCGCAUGCUUGGCAACUGCAUUUUUUGGGUUUCCUUCACCAUCCUCGGCCAGCCAUUUGCCGCCCUGAUGUACUUUUACGCGUGGCAGGCCAAAUACGGCAGCGUGAGUAGGCAAAUAGCGUGGUCAUCUGUCACAAGCUCGUGA